UACGCCAGCGGCGUAGCGGGCGCAGUUGGCGUAGAGCGCUGGCAAGCCCAGCUAUUAGCACAGAAGUCUGGAACGGGCGCGGAGGCUGAAAUAAAUAAAAAGAGGAGGAGACAUUAAAAUCGAAGAGGCUGGCACUUUGCUGACAAGGAAACCAGCAAUGCCUCCCAGUGAGGUCUCCGGAGGAACUGGUUCUCGUCACCUCUGAACAGCCCAGCUCCCGCAGGUCCGGGAUUUUUGAGUUUUUCUCCCCUACCCACCCCUCUUUCUACAUUUUUUUUUUGGAGAUGAACCAAAGACUCGCCUGGCUUUUUUCCCUACCUGAAAUCGUCUCUCUUCCUCCUUCCCGGCGACGCUUGGCGAUUCCUGACCCGAUAGCCCAGAUCAGACCACCAAAGAAAGAAGAGAAACCGUCGUUUAAAGCUAGGCUGCCGUUUCAUCUGAGAUAAAAGUCCUUUUUUUUUUUUUUUGAGUUGGCAAAAGGCUGGGGAGAGGGAGAUUUCAUCAUCCUCUUUGCAAAAAAAAAUAAAAUAAAAACCCAGCUCCGAGCCUCGUCGGUUGCUUUUUCUUUCUCUUUUUUUUUUAAAGUUUCUGGCAUAUAUUAUUAUUUUUUUUAAAAAAAAGAAGAAGAAGAAGAAAACUCUCCGUUUCCCCUGGUUGGAAAGUGCCCAUGGCUUUCUUGAUGAAGAAGAAGAAAUUCAAGUUUCAGAUCAGUUUCACCUUGGAAGAGCUGACGGCGGUGCCUUUCGUGAAUGGCGUGCUGUUUUGCAAAAUCCGUCUGUUGGACGGAGGCGACUUUGUCACCUUGUCUUCCAGGGAAGAAGUUCAAGAGAACUGUGUCCGUUGGAAGAAGAAAUUUACCUUCAUCUGCAAAAUGAGUGCGAAUCCUACCACAGGACUCCUGGACCCCUGCAUUUGCCGAGUCUCGGUCCGCAAAGAACUGAAGGGCGGGAAAGCCUAUUCCAAGCUGGGUUUCACCGACCUGAAUUUAGCCGAAUUUGCAGGCUCGGGCCUGACCGUCCGAUGUUGCUUGUUGGAAGGAUACGACACCAAGAACACCAGGCAGGACAAUUCCAUCCUGAAGGUCACGAUUGGCAUGUCCCUCUUAUCCGGAGACCCUUGUUUCAAAACCCCGCCCUCCACGGCCAAAUCCGUGGCCAUCCCAGGACAAGACUCGAGCCUGCAGCUGACCUGCAAAGGGGAGGGAACCAGCCGGACUGUAACUCCCAGCACCAACGCACCGUCUUCGAUCGGUUCCAUCCGUCAGAACAAGCCCAGGGCCACCAUUCUGGGAUCAGGGGCUUUGGAAGAAGCGGACCAGAAUUUAUCAAGUCCAGAAGAAGUGUUUCAUUCCGGACACUCGCGAAAUUCAAGCUAUGCCAGCCAGCAGUCCAAAAUCUCUGGAUACAGCACCGAGCACUCCAGAUCCUCCAGCCUGUCGGACCUGACCCACCGCCGGAACACGUCAACCAGCAGCAGCGCCUCCGGAGGUCUCAGCAUGACGGUCGAAUGCCCUGAAGGCGAACGGGAGCACAGGUUGGAGAAGCCACCGAGACCCCCCAGGCCAAACCUUUUGUCGGACAGAUCUUCUCGAAGGAAAAAGGAUUCUGUAGAAAGCCAUCCCACCUGGGUGGACGACACCCGGAUCGACGCAGGUGACAUUGUAGAGAAGAUCAUGCAAAGCCAAGAUUUCACCAACGUCAGCAACACUGAAGAUAGUAACCUGAGGCUGUUUGUGAGCCGAGAUGGCACAACUACCCUAAGCGGGAUUCAGCUAGCAAACAGAGUCUCGUCUGGAGUUUACGAGCCAGUGGUCAUCGAAACCCAUUAAAUGCGAACUAGAUGGGUCCCCCGGAUGGAAACCUGUCUCAGCAGUUAGGGUGGGUGGUCAUUUCCUCCCCCACCCCACACCGUUUUUCUUUCUUCCUUUCUUUUUCUUUUUUAACCCUCUCUGCACAUAACAUUCCGGGCAGGACUUCUCAAAUUUUUUUUGGAAUCCAAGCACUCCUCACCUGCCCAGAGGUACUUCAUAAACAGGCACUUUAUGUGGGAUCUGGGAAGGUAACGUCGACGAUAUUCAGAAGCACGGGAUCAACCGUCCUGCCCACAUGCAACGGCUCCCUUGGAGGGACAGCAACUCAGGACGGCUCUUGUGCCAAGCACCACGGUUCGGCGAGCGUGGUUUGACCAAUCCUUUCUCCACCACCUAGUUUACACCACUGUGAACACUUCCCUCCCGCUCUCCCGUCCAAGAAAGUCUCAAAUUGGAAACCUUGCUUAGUCGCGACCGUCGUGAAGAUUCAACGGUUGGUUCAUCUGCAUCUCCUCUCUUGCAUUUAUCCCUCCAAGAGCUGAUACACAAGGAACGAAGAUCCAGCUACGUCACCGCUUUGAACCCAGAAGUCCUCCCCAUGUUCUGUCUUUCAUAGGAAACCGCUUGUGUGUGUUUGUGGUCUCCUCAGAAACCUUCUUUCAAGCAUCCGUGAGCCAUGGAAAGCUUUGCAGAUGCUGAGUGCAGUUCAGGUUCUAGCUUGAAGUCCUCCUUCUCCUGCAGGACAAGGAAGGGGGAUGACCUUGGCCAGCUACCAUGCAAGGCGACUCUUGAAGAACCUCAAAUGUGCUCAGCUUUUGGUUUUCCUCUAUGGGAACCGCUCUUGACUUUUUCAUUUUUUUAAAAAAAAGAACAUUAGUUUUGGGUAACACACACACACACACUGCUGCCAGGUGAGGGGUGGAGAAGCUCCAAGUUCUGUUUUCACUCGGUAGUACAGUCGAAAAAUAUUCCGUAUCAGUUCCAACAUCGUUGCCUUCUAGACGCAAAACACGUUGGGUUAGGAUUCUCCUCGGUUGGGUUUCGAUUUGAAACAGAAGCAUUGAGCAUUGAGAAGGUUAAGCCAGGGGCCUCCUUUCCUCCCAUCCAAACAUGGUGGAGAAGGUUCCAUCACAACAUGCCAAAAUGUUCCCCGGUCACUUGCUUUCCCAUAGAGCAUGUUGGAGUCUGUGAUGAAUCCAAACUCCAUAAGCAAUGAAAUGAGGAAGGUAGCAUCAGCGAUCAUCACUCAACUGUUAUGUCCUCAACUGAGUUCUUCUACUGGUUUUUUUUGGGGGGGGGGACUUCCUGGAUUUGUCUUUCCAUCAGAUGGAUGCUUUUAUUGCCCUCUCCAUCCAGAUGUUGAGAUUUCUGUAGGAAACACAGCAAAUUUCAGAGCUCGGUGUAGAAGCUAUGAGGCUGGUUUUCCCCAUGUUGCAUUCUUACAUUGGUCUUCUGCAAGCUACAUCUAGAAGACCUGCACAGUUUCAUCCUACGCAUAGGGUGUGUCUCUCCCCCCUUCACUUGUUGCUUUUGUGGGGGAUGGGGAGGGAAAGACUCAGGUUUUCCCCAUUUCAAGAAAGUAGCUUGGCCUUGAUCGAGGCAUCAAUUGAGUGCAUACACAGAUACAUUUCACUUGGUUUAGUAAUGGCUUGAGGUGUCAUCUCCCCCACAUGCCUUUAGACUAUUGACUGUUCUAAACAAGAGUGGGCAAAUGGUAUUCAGAACAGGGUCAGGAAUUGAGGAGAGGGGCACCUGGACAUCGGUGGUAGCAAGGGAGUCAUCAGUGCUGAGGAUCUGCCAGAAGUUGGGUUCUCCACCCAAACCACUGACCAGAACGUUCCUCUCCUAUCUCAGCUGAGCUAGCCAAAGGUGGUAUGAGUUGAAGACUCCAACCCAGCUCGAGGCCGAUCAAGAGAGCUUCAAACCCACCCUGACCAUCCUAGAUUGACCCUGAUCUCCAGCAAAAAGGAGAAACUUGGGAACAGUCUAGACAUCUCCAGGAGAGACCUGGAAAACUUCAUCUGGAAGUUGGUGGCCUUGUGAAAUCCUGGCCAUGUCAAAAGAGGUCCUCUGGAACUUUUCUAUAACGGGGCCACCACGAUUCACAUGCUAAGAAGGACCUGGGGCAUGGGAAGAAGCCCAAGCUUCUUGAGAUAUCUCUGUUGGUCACCAGUGGCCUGUCCCACCACGAAUGGGUGAAGCAGUACAACUUAAAUAUAUGUGUGUUUUUUUUUCUUCUCCUGGUGAGCAAAUUCUGCUUUUUAUGAUAUUGGUCACACCUAGCCAAGCACUAUGUGGGACAGUAAACUUAGAGAUACCGUUUGGAAAAUGGUUGCUUUUUAAUUUGACCUUCUUACACCACAGUUUAACCUCCUUUCUCCUCCCCGUUUUGAUUUUUUGAAAUAUAUUGAUUUUUUUUGUUGUCGUUGUUGAUCAACCCAGCAGGCUGGUGUAACGUUGCGAAUUUUGGAGGGAGGGAAGGGUUUAAAUCAUUGUUUCAUUGCUUAUCUAGUAUGCGUCGGGCUGUUGUUUUAUAAUGAUGUCUAACUUGAGCAGGGAGGGAGGAAAGCAACAAAGGAGUUUUGAUUUCUCUCUAGUUUCUCGCUCGUUGCGUUCCUUCAACAUUUGGGGGGGGGGGUUCGGCGCUCGCCCAUCCAUCGGAGAACCAAGAUUUGGUGAAACAUCGAAACGGCACCCCCAACCCAAGCUGUGAAGCCAGCUUAGCCAGCAAGGAAGCGAGCACAGCUGGAUUCUGUUCUCCUUCCACGCAUGGACUUGUUUUUGGGCUUGGUUGGUUCUGCAGCAGGGGAAAAAAAAAAUUCCUCUUGAGCAGAAGUUCUCAAGAGAAGAGAUGAGCUGUUUCUGGAAGGGGUGAGGAAACAACCACACCCUCCAAUUUUGCAAAAUGGCAAUGAGACCAUGAGAAUAAUUCAAUUUUUUUUUUUUGCAAAAUGGCAACGAGGCCGUCCAAUUUUGCAAAAUGGCAAUGAGGCCAUGAGAAUAAUUCAAUUUUUUGCAAAAUGGCAACGAGGCCGUGAGAGCAGUUCAUUUCCCAAUGAAGAAUUUGUACAAGGCAAGUUGCAAAGAAAGCAUCUUCCUAUCUCGGGUGCAAAUCUAGCACGCUUCUCAGUUUCCCCCAGCGCCCGCUCUAAUCUCUUCAGAAAAAUUUAUUCCCUAUUUUUUUAUUUUAUUAACACUUUUUAAAAAAAAAAAUAGUUUGGGUCUCCGCAGUGACCCGCUCCUAAAUGGCUUGCUUGCUUGCUUCUUUUUUUAUUAUUAUUAUGCUUCCUUCUGCAGUUAAAUCUUCCCCUUUGGAAAAAAAUAAAAGUUUUAAAAGGAAAGGAAAGGAAAAAAAAAACUUGAUCGAGGCAGCUGGGCUGCACUCAGGUUGUAAACCUCUGGAAGGUGAUUUCCUCCCAUUCCGCUAAGGUACGGAUCAGGAUGCCCCCUCCUGGAGAGGGGAUCCACCAGAGAGCAGAUCUCUCCUUCAUGUGUGAUCUCAGGAGCUGUUUGAAGAAAAUGCCAUUUCCCUUUCAAGUUGGCUACCCUUCUUUCUUUAGGCUCUGUAGACAGAGCUGGUCUCUUAGAGGCACAAUAAUUUCUCUGACACCCAAACUUUGUGGCUGUCCAGUUUUCCCCCCUCGGGAAAAAAAAUAAUAAUCUGACUUUUCCCACCUAAGCCAACUUCAAAGCUGCAUGACUUUUCCCUCUUCCCUCGCCAGCUUCCAAGGACAAAGAUCCUUUUUGCCCUGACUCCCAAAAAUCAAACGAACUUGGAAUGUAAAAGAAUAAACUCGAAUAAAUUCUUAACCCGUGCUUUAAGAAGUGACGUUUUUCUUAAGUUUGUCGUUGCUUUUUAAGCCCAUAUUUUUCAGGGGUUUGUUAAGAAAGAGAGAAAAGAAAAAGAAAUCGCGUUUUAUUUUCUUGAAAAGCGAACGAAACUUUUUAGAGAUUUCGAAAGGCACCCGCGAUUUAUAUUCAGAUAUUUCUAUAAGCAGGAAAGAUAUUUUUGGAAGAGAGAAAAAGAAAUUUUAAAAAAAACCCAGGACUAUGCAAAAUUUAAGGUAGAGAAUUGCCGGAAGAGAUAGUUUUGAUGUGUACUGAAAUCUGAAAAGUAGAUUAAAACUCAAAUCCUUAAACAGCAUUUAUAGAAAAUAUUUUUUUUUUAAUUUUUCCUUCCACCCACCCCUGCUGCUCCAUUUCCAAAUAUAUUUUUCGAAAAGUAUUGGGCCCGGAGAAGAAUCAGUCAUAGAACUACAUAUUCCCCGGUUUUAACUUGUUCUUCUAGUAUUUAUCAUUUUUGUAUUGAAUGCUGUGCUGUCUUUGAUUCAAACAGUCUUUGUUUUGUAUUCUCUGUUACCUGGUAGAAAAGCCAGUUAUAAAAAGAAGAAAAAUCACUAUAAAAUCAAAUGUCGUAAUGGUUUUGGGGGGGCGGAAAUAAAAAUUGGGUUUUCUUUGGUA